CGGGCUUCAAAUCCGUCCGAUACGUGGGACGUAGAGAGGCAUGAGGCAAAGACCACAUGGACAAUUUGGGAGAAAAAGAGCGGGAAAGCAUCUCCGCGCAAGAUCGUCCGCGGACUCGGCACAUUGGAAUGAAUCGCAGUUCGAGACUCAGCGCUCCUCAACUCGACUCGAGCACCCUCCGACCGCCUCUCGCUCCUCUCGCUCCUCCCGUGCCUCGCCUCGUUCACUUCCCUUGCGUCGUUUGUCUGUUGCGUAAUGCUCUGUUUCUUAUUCUCUUGGCCUUCUCGCACGACGACGGAGUGUCGGAUUUGAGUCUCCCUCGUGAAGAAUCGGCAGAAUUGUUUCAUGUCCUCUGAUCUUUGAGGAGGGCCGCGCUGUAAUCUGCAUUUGGUGGCUUUCAGGCUGCUAGGCGGUCCAUCUUCCAGGCGGAGGGGAGAAUUUUCUGGAAUUUCGGAAGCCCGCGAGGAAAGAAGGAAGGGCCUGCCCUUUCAGAUUUUAGAGAAGUGCUUCCAGGGAGAGUUCCUCCGGUUUCCGUUGCAGUCGAGGAAGGAUUUUUUGCUGGAGCAGGCGAUGUUGAGGUGCAUUGUGGUCGGGAGUACUUGUAUGAAUUUCAUUUGGCAGGCUAUGGGUCGGCUCAGUGGCAGAGAGAUGGGCACCCCUGCGUUGGUUUUGCUGAGGUGACCUUCAGCUUCUGAUUUCCUCCAGUGGGGAGGUAGAAUAGCUGAGACGGAAAGUGGUGGGCAAGUGGAAGAGCUUCGUGUAGUGCGUGCAGGUUUAUCUGAUCAGCUUUCUAGCUGCACAUUUGAUAGCAGAUUUCAGUGCCGUGAGUUAGGUGAAUAUGGACUCAAAACGUUUUGCUAGCAAGCAAUCUGGUGAUGCUAAGGUGGAUUCUAAACGCCCUGUGAACAAGCAAUACAAUCCACUUCCCCCUUCGAAACGGCUCCAGGCAACUUUUGAUGGACCCCCGCCACCUGAAAUGGAUGAAGAAGACUUCGAUGAGGAUGUUUUUUUGGAGGAAAUUCUUUUGAGAGAUGAGGAGGUGCAAGAUUCAGGGGUGGAAGGAAUACAGACUCGUCUAGCUAAGUGGAGGCGACCCAUCCCGAAGAGAUAUCACAAUGCGUACGACAGUAUUGUGUUCCAGCAACUUGAGAUUGAUUACAUCAUUGAGGAGAGUAACAAGGAUCUGCUGCCGGAUAACAGAGGCCCAGCCGCCGUGCUGAGAAUCUUUGGAGUCACAGAAGAAGGAAAUAGUGUUUGCUGUCAUGUUCAUGGAUUCCAACCGUACUUUUACAUUAUGGCCCUGGAUAAUAUGGGUCCUGACGACAUUCCUAAACUGCGUCAAACUCUAGAGAAUCGUAUGCGGGAGACCAGCAAAAAUAGCAAAGCUCCAGUUUGUGUAACGGAUAUAAAGAUGGUACAGAAGAGAAGCAUCAUGUACUAUCAGACACAGAAAAGCCGUAACUUUUUCCAAAUUUUUGUUGCACUACCAACAAUGGUCGCAGCUUGUCGAGGCAUAUUAGAGAAGGGAAUCAACAUAGAUGGCAUUGGCCAGAGAUGUUUUUUGACCUACGAAAGCAAUGUUCUUUUUGCUCUUCGUUUCAUGAUUGACUGUGGAAUAGUAGGUGGAAACUGGAUUGAGUUGCCAGCUAAGACAUGGCACGAUCGGAUAGAUAAGAGAAGGUUUUCAUACUGCCAGAUCGAAGCUGACAUACUCUAUUCAAAACUGAUCAGCCAUCCUCCAGUGGGGCGGUACUCCAAGAUGGCACCCUUCAGAAUUCUCAGUUUCGACAUAGAAUGUGCCGGUAGAAAGGGACAUUUUCCUGAGCCGCAGCAUGAUCCUGUUAUACAGAUUGCCAAUCUUCUUACGGUACAAGGUGAAGCUAAACCCAUGGUGCGCAAUGUAAUGACACUUAAGUCAUGCUCCCCUAUAGUUGGAGCGGAUGUCAUGUCCUUCGACUCAGAAAAGGAUGUCUUGCUAGCAUGGAGGGAUCUUGUGCGAGAAGUUGACCCGGAUGUUAUAAUCGGUUACAACAUAUGCAAGUUUGAUUUGCCUUACUUGAUAGAGAGGGCAGCCGCUCUUAAACUUACUGAGUUUCCCAUUCUUGGGCGAAUUCAAAGGAGUCGCGUUCGUAUGAGAGACGCAUCUUUUAAUUCGAGACAAUACGGUCAGCGAGAUAGCAAAGAAGUCACUAUAGAAGGGCGGGUUCAGUUUGAUUUACUUCAGGCCGUGCAAAGGGACUACAAACUGAGUUCCUACUCACUCAACUCAGUUUCGGCACAUUUCCUAGGGGAGCAGAAGGAGGAUGUGCAUCAUUCUAUCAUAUCGGACCUCCAGAAUGGAAAUCCGGAAACGCGACGCAGGCUUGCUGUUUACUGCCUUAAAGAUGCCUAUCUUCCGCAGCGGUUGCUGGACAAACUCAUGUAUGUCUACAACUACGUAGAAAUGGCACGCGUUACAGGUGUUCCCAUAUCAUUUCUCUUGGCUCGAGGCCAGAGUAUAAAGGUCCUGUCGCAACUGCUCAGAAAGUCGAGGCAAAGAAAUUUGCUUGUUCCAAACAUGAAGGGCCAAUCUGGCCAGGAUACUUUUGAAGGUGCAACGGUACUUGAAGCCAAGGCAGGUUUCUAUGAGAAGCCCAUUGCGACUUUAGAUUUUGCGUCGCUAUAUCCAUCAAUUAUGAUGGCCUACAAUCUUUGCUACUGUACACUGGUGAGGGCUGAAGACAUGAAAGAAUUACAGCUAGCUCCUGACACAUAUGCCAAAACUCCCUCUGGAGAAAUCUUUGUGAAACCGUCGCAAGAGAAGGGAAUACUGCCAGAGAUCUUAGAGGAGCUCUUAGCAGCACGUAAAGUCGCCAAGGAAGAUUUGAAGAAAGCAACAGAUCCUCUUGAGAAGGCCGUGCUGGAUGGUAGACAGCUUGCCUUAAAGGUAAGUGCAAAUUCAGUAUAUGGGUUCACUGGAGCCACUAUCGGACAGCUUCCAUGCCUUGAAAUAUCCUCGAGCGUCACUAGUUAUGGUCGAGAGAUGAUUGAACAUACCAAAAGGCUAGUCCAAGAGCGAUUCAACAUAAGCAAUGGGUAUCAGUAUGAAGCUGAGGUUGUCUACGGAGAUACGGAUUCGGUCAUGGUGCAAUUUGGGGCUCCUACUGUGGAAGAAUCCAUGAACCUUGGGCGAGAAGCUGCUGAUUAUAUCAGCAAAACUUUUACCAAGCCUAUCAAGCUGGAGUUUGAGAAAGUUUAUUAUCCCUAUCUCCUGAUCAGUAAGAAGAGAUAUGCCGGACUCCUGUGGACAAAACCCGAGAAGCACGACAAAAUGGAUACCAAAGGAAUCGAGACUGUGAGGCGAGAUAACUGCCUUCUGGUGAAGAAUCUUGUAACUGAGUGCUUGCACAAGAUACUCAUCGAUCGCGAUAUACCUGGAGCAGUACAGUUUGUGAAGAACACGAUAUCUGAUCUUCUCAUGAACCGUGUUGAUCUUUCGCUUCUUGUGAUCACCAAGGGCUUAACAAAAGUUGAAGGCGACUACGCCGUGAAGGCAGCCCAUGUGGAAUUGGCUGAGCGUAUGCGCAAGCGUGACUCAGCCACUGCACCCGGUGUCGGUGAUCGGGUUCCGUACGUCAUCAUUAAAGCAGCUAAGGGUGCCAAGGCCUACGAAAAAUCGGAAGAUCCAAUUUACGUCCUGGAGAACAACAUACCUAUAGACCCACACUAUUACUUGGAGAAUCAGCUAAGCAAGCCAUUACUUCGAAUCUUUGAUCCAAUCAUUAAAAACGCGAGCAGAGAGCUUUUGCAUGGCGCGCAUACCCGGGCUGUCUCCAUCUCCACGCCAUCUAAUAGUGGUUUGAUGAAAUUCGCUAAGAAACGUCUCAGCUGCUUUGGAUGUAGAGCAACGUUAAGCGAAGGAGAUCAAACCCUUUGUUCCCAUUGUAAAGGAAGGGAACCGGAGCUAUAUCAAAAAACAGUGUCUAGUGUUAGGGAGCUGGAGCAGCUUUUCAACAGUUUAUGGACUCAGUGCCAACGGUGCCAAGGAUCUCUCCAUCAAGAUGUUCUGUGCACGAGCCGGGACUGCCCUAUCUUCUACCGCAGAAAGAAAGCACAGAAGGAUCUGUCGGAAGCCGAAGUUCAGCUUGAGCGCUGGGAAUUUUAGAUAUUAGGUCUUAAGGAAAUUCCGAUGUAAUUGCCCAUUGCAAAUCAAUGUACAGGUAAUUGGGUAUGUAAUAUAGUCACAGAGGUUGCAGUUAAUCUGAGCACGCGUAGCUGACAGCUGUGACCCUAGAGGGAUGUUCACAACCAAGACGUUUCACAGACACAUUUGAGAAGUGUCUACGGCUCAUUGUAUAUCGCAAGAUCGAAACUGAAUUUUAAUACAACUUAUAAUUAUUG